GUACUCUUCCACUCUAUAGGUCUGAAGGCUGACCUGGGAAACAAGCUCUUUGGACAGCACAUUGCAUCAGACAUCAUCUUCAAAGCUGUGAGUGGAUUCAUGGACAAUGAGCACCCGAAGAAGCCUCUGGUGCUCUCUCUGCAUGGACCAACUGGCACAGGGAAGAACUUUGUUAGCCAGCUGAUUGCUGAAAACAUUUAUGAGAAGGGAAAAGCCAGACAGUUUGUUCACGUGUUCUCAGCUACACAUCACUUCCCACAUCCAAGUGAAAUUGUAACCUAUAAAUCUCAGUUACAGGAGUGGAUCAAAAGCAAUAUCACAAACGGUGAACGCUCCAUGUUCAUUUUUAAUAAUGUGGACAAAAUGCCUCCUGGUUUGAUUGAUAGUAUUAAGCCAUUUCUGAGCCACCACGUUCAGAUGGAUGGAAUUUCUUUUCAGAAAUCAAUCUUCAUGUUUCUCAGCAAUGUAGGAGAAGAUGUCAUUACACAGACGGCUCUAGAUUUCUGGAACAAAGGACGAAAGCGAGAAGGGAUCACACUCAAGGAUUUGGAAACAUCACUUUCUCAGUUCAGCAAUGACCAGAGUGGAAUUAUCCACUCAGGUUUGAUUGAUAACAACAUGGUCGACUUUUUCAUCCCGUUCCUGCCUCUGGAGUACAGGCAUGUUAUCCAAUGUGUGAUGGCUGAGAUGAAAGCCAUAGGUUUUCAGCCGGACAAAGAUGUGGCAGACAGAGUCGUCAGAGAUAUAUCCCAUGUUCACCUCUCUGAGAAUGUGUUUGUCAAGAGUGGCUGUAUGACUGUAGCAAGCAGGCUGUACUUGUACAUGUAA